AUGCAGCGACGCGACGCCACUACCACUGCAGCCAAGCCCAAGGACGACGGCCGCCUAAGACGAGGCUCCGCUGAAGACGUGCGGCGCUUCCAGGACGGCGACGAGGUAGCCAUGGCCAUCGAGGACCGCGGCCAGGUCGUGCGCGCCAACUUUGUCGUGCGCCGCGGCCGCCUUAACGCCCAGGAGGGCCGUUGGGAGUACCAGCUCUGGCACGAGGAUGGCACUGCUUAUGACUCUGGCCAUUGGUUCCGUGAGACAGAGCUGAGCUAA